AAAUCUGUUAUUUUUUCAAGUUAACGUUAGGUAAACUAAUUAUCGGAAACGAUUAACAGCAAAAGCCUCAAAAGAAGAUCUGGAGGAAGCCGUCGAACAAUUGACUACAGCAUUGGAUGCAAAAGCCUCAAAAUCAGACCUGGAAGCAACGAAUUUAGAAGUUUCAAAGUUGAAAGUGCUUACGAGUCCUAAUUCUAAUGGGUCAAUCCCCACCUCAUGUGAAGACCUCAAAACUUUCGGAUUCGUCAAAAGCGGAAUCUACUCCGUUAUGAUCAGCAAACAAGUCCAAAACGUCUACUGCGAUUUUUCUAAAUCAAACGAUGCAGGUUUGCAAAAAUGGAUUGGUAUCGUCGAUGUAAAAUCGGCACCUGUUUAUUUCCAAGCUCAACGGACAACUAGCUAUUCGACUGUCGGCAGCGUCGUUCCGUUUGAUUUAAUCAGACUCAAUGAUGGAAAGGCAUUGGACCCUUCCGGAGUAUUCGUCGCUCCUGCACCAGGAAAAUAUUUUUUCGGUUUUUCAGGUCUUAGUGAUAACGGUGCCCUCGCAAGAGUUGUGUUGGAGGUGAAAACUGCAAGUUCAUUGGAUUGGUCCAGAGUUGGAGAAGGGUACGGUGACACAACGUUUAAGACUUUCGCUUUCCACGCUACAUUGGAACUCCUCAAAGGCGACCAAGUUAGACUAGUCUUGACAGAAGGAGCCAUUCACGAUAGCGAUCUACAUUUCUACACUAACUUUUUCGGUGUUUUUAUCGCGCAAAACGAAUUAACGGUUUAAUUCUUUUUUCUGUUCUGAAAAUUCCUAAUCUUGAGUAGUAAUUUCUGUCUUUACUGGACAUCAAUGUUUUUCAUAGCUGACACAACAUAGUAGCUCACAUUAAUUGGUUAAUGAAAACUUUUUCGGAAAUAUACGUGAGAGAAGAAUUAAAA